AUAUUUAGACAGUUUGUUUCUUGCUGUGGUACGUUUACUUCCCAGCAAGGUCUAAGUCCAGCAAAGUAUUUAAGUAAAACGGAAUUGAAAUGGGAAGUGUAGUUCAGUGUUGGUUCAUAACGUUUUCGGGAAUCCUGGGAUUAUUUUUUCUGUGGAGGACCUCGCCUGUCAACUGGACCAGCUCUAAUAUCGUCACAAAAACGUCAAUCCAAGUUGACGUAUCGCUACCGUCUAGCAUCAUCAACCAGCAUCAAAACCUGUCUAGCCAGACCCUGCGCUACCACAAAAAGAAAUACCGUGGGUCUGUAUCUAAAUAUAUGCUGAAGCUUUACCAUCGAAGACCUAGUGCUGAUAUAGUGCGAGCUCUUCAGCCACUCCACGUAUCCGCGCCUAUCAACUCUUAUCAUCACAACGGUGGCGGCCGAAUUCUUGAAUUUCGAUUGCCACCAGCGAAUCCCGAGGAGAAUCUUGAAGCUGCCGAGUUGUUAGGAAGUGCAGGAAUGAUUCUACGUGUUAUGAUGCUGAACAACUUAAUUGAAGAUGACAAAUUUCGUGACUCACGGAAAGAAGAAACUUGGCGUGCAUUUAAUGUCACGGAGGCUGUAAAAAUGACCUCUGGUGGGUCAUUGAGAUUUUUGGUGCGCGGGCGCAUCUACGGGAAUAACUUGAUUCAAAAUGACAGCCCUAUUUUAGUGCUGAGUUACACCAAGCCCAAGAGUCGAAAACGUCGCUCCGUUGAUGAAGAGACCGAUGACACUCCGAGCGUCAUCUGGACAGACAAUAGACGUCGACGUAGGAAUCCGUGUCGCAAACGUCCACUAUAUGUCGACUUCGCUGCUAUAAAUUAUGAUGAAUGGAUCGUGGCACCACCUGGUUAUGACGCCUAUCAGUGUGUCGGAAGGUGUUUGUUUCCAUUUGGGGACCAUUUGAGUCCUACCAAGCACGCCAUUGUCCAGGCAUUGGUUUCGGGAGCACUCCAGGGUGCUGAUGGCACAAAACCUGUCGGGCGUGUCUGCUGUGUUCCAACUCGAUUAGCGCCCACUAGUCUGCUUUAUUUGGAUGCCAGUGGAACUCUUACUUAUCAGUAUGGAUACGAGGACAUGGUUGUUGUUGAGUGCGGAUGUCGAUGA